CCACAAUGUAGAAGGAGAAUUAGAGGUGCAGGAAAAGUCUUUCUUAAUUUCUCAUGUAGCGAGACAAUAGUCGAAAAUAAUUCGUUUCUGCAAAACGAAGUGAAGUCACUUCAAGAUCAAUUGGAUAAUCAACGCGAAAUUCAUCCGGUAUACGUUUGCGAUCAGGAAAAAUUAUAGAACUUCGAAGUGGAAAUUAAUCUAAAGUGCCUUAAUGUCAAAGUUAUGAUAAAACAAUGGCAAUUGUUAAUUGUGUGAUUAAAAUGAUUCAUCGAAAAACUAGUUUUUGUAUUCUGAUGGUCAUUGGUUUAAUAAUAACAUUUAUUCAGAUGUGGCUAUUUAAUGAACCGGCGAAUUCGAAUUUUAAAGAUAUUAAAAAGCCAAUCAUCUUGUGGUGGAAUGAUUUCGGAUAUAAUGGUUUCAAAAGUUGUGGAGAAUUUAUUUGUUACUUUACUCAGGAUGAAUCCUUUCUGUCGCACAACUUCCUCAAGGCGAUUAUAUUUUAUGGUAGUUCCAUGGAAUAUCGUCACUUACCAAUUCCGAGAGCAAAACACGUACAAUGGGGUUUAUUGCACGAAGAAUCCCCUCGCAAUAAUCCAGCCUUCGUUUAUGAAGAUUUUUUAAAUUUAUUUAAUUAUUCAUCUACAUUCAGUCGAUACAGUGACGUGAUUUCAUCACAAGUACCAGGAAUUGAUGAAUUAACAAGCAAAAAAUUCUUUUUCUCAUUUGAGAAAAAAAAUAAUCUAAUGUCACAAGAAGACUUGGCGCCUUUGCUUUAUAUUCAAUCGAAUUGUGAUACGACGAAUGAUAGAGACGACUACAUUGCUGAACUGAUGAAAUUUAUUCGAGUUGAUGCUUAUGGCCUUUGUUUAAAUAAUCGAAAGUUACCAGAAAGUUUAGAAAGUGAUCAUCUUCGCACUUUAUAUGACGACGAAUUUUAUACUUUUGUUGGAAGAUAUAAAUUCACUUUGGCCUUUGAAAAUGCAGACUGUGAGGAUUAUAUUACAGAGAAACUUUGGCGACCUCUCAUUGUCGGUUCUAUUCCAAUUUAUUACGGUUCUCCAUCAUUCAAGGAUUGGCUACCAAACGAAAAAUCCGCAAUUUCAGUUCGUGAUUUCAGUGGUCCGAGAGAAUUGGCGGAAUUUAUUGAGAAAAUAUCGUCAAAUGAAACAUUGUACAACGAUUAUUUGUCACAUAAAUUAAUUGACAAAUUCUCCUCUCUAACUAAUGAGCGACUCCUCACUUUAUAUCGAAAUAAUCCGCAGGGCUUUGAUUUUUUGGACAGUCUCAACGAUUUUGAAUGCCACGUUUGCAAAUCGGUGAGUGUGGAGAAUAAAAAUGAAAAAUACAUUAUGACCAGAAAACAAUUUAAUUGCUCACAGCCAAUAAGUGCACUUACACAGAAAUUAAAUCCAAAGAAUAGAUGGCACGAUUGGUGGAUUUCGGGAAAAUGUGAAGCGAAACUAUUAGCAUAUCACGUUGCAAAUAAUUUGCAAAUUAACGAGACUGCAUUUAAUGAGGAGACAUCACGAAUGUACCUGGAAAAUAAGUGUUAGAAUUAUUGAAUUUCCUCAAUUAGAAUUUAAGAAAAAUUUUAAAAUAAGUAGAAAAUAUGUAAAGAAUACAUUUUUUAUAUUUCAAAGAAGUUUUUU